AUGCCACUCCCGCAGCUUCCCAAGGAGGUCUGGACGCUCGUUGGGUGCUAUGUUCGUCAGCCGGUCCCGCAGCCGAGGCGCGUCAAGGAGAGGAGGGAGGUCCGGCAAGUUGAUCUUGUCAAUUUGAUGACGGUCUCCAAACUGCUCAAUAACGCCGUGGCGUCCGCCCUGUAUCAUACCAUCAUCACCGACGAUAUCGCCGGUCUAUACGUCAAUUACAAGUCACCAAACCCCGUCGCACCCGGUAUCCCCUCCAAGCGAGAGCUCCUCCUUCUUAUACGGUGUCUCUACCUCGAAUACCCGGAACGUGAGCUCUUGGAAGCGCACCAUUCACACAUGAUGACCUAUCGGUGGCCCGCCCCUCCUCGCAGCGGCAACUCUAUCCAAGACAUGUUCGACCAUCAGCUGGGCUACUUUUGCACCCAUCCAGCACUCGCUAGUCUCAUCGACUCGGAGAUGAUCUUCGCCGCCGACCCCACCACACAACUUCAGCAUUCCAUGCCAGAGCUCCGGAGCCUCUCGACCGGUACCUUCUUCGGAACGUUCGAGGAGGGCUGGACCACCAAUUUCGGGGGUAUCCUCAGCUACAUGUCCCACGUUGGCGACAUCCAAAAGGUCUACUCCCAGAUGCUACUCAGCGGCAAAGUGACCCACUUUUGCCAAUCUGGCAAUCUCUCCCCACUCAGCAUCCAUCCCCGCGAGCUGGAAAGCUUCCGACCCCCAGCACCUCCAUCGGGUCCCGCCUCGAGCCCCACCGUUACGCCAACCAUCCGCACAAUCACUAUUCACGUCAAUCUCAAGGCGUACAAGAACGCUGCUGUCUACGAGAGCCUGUGCUCGUCCUCGUCUUGCCUUCCUGGCGUCGACGUUCGGUGGUGUCUGGACAACCCGCGUCGGACUCGCUCGGACGGUAACAAGAUCCCCUUCCUCGAUUUCGACGAUCGGCCGUUAUUCGCCAAGUCCAUCUUCCUCGCUGUCGUCGGCGGUCUCGGCGCUCGUCAUGACAAGCGUGACGCUCAUCCCCAGCCGGCAGACUUCCCCCUUCUGCCCUUUACCAUCGACGCCUACAUCCCCGUCAACGACGCUACCGCUAUAAUACUCUUACAGGGCGACAAGGUGACCAAUCCUCGGGGGGCGAGCGCCAAGGAGAAGACGGCGAACAAGCGGCGGGCGGCGGCGCAGAAGCUAGAGGACGCGUUGGGGACAGAGUUGUUCAAGACGGACGUCGAGACCAAAGUGCUCCACCCGGACGACCGGCUCGGUAUUCACUACAUCGCCGAUUGUCCAGCAUGCCCGGCGUGCGGAUGGCUUCCGGUCGAGUAG